UGGCAAUCGCCGUUAAGGUCAGCGGGCUUCUAAGUCAGUCGGCCAGUCCAUCCUCGCGAUCGAUCAGCUGUCGAUCGGAUAGAAUAUCGUUAAAGAAGAAAACAUCAAGGAAGGAGAAACGAUGCCGGACGCGAAGAAGAGAGUAUGCAUCGUCGGUAGUGGCAAUUGGGGCUCUGCGAUCGCGAAGAUCGUUGGCGCGAAUGUUAUGAAGUUCAACAACAUAUUCGAAACUCGAGUGACAAUGUAUGUGUAUGAAGAAAUCAUUAAUAAUGAGAAGCUUACUGACAUCAUCAACAAUUUGCACGAGAACGUUAAAUAUUUGCCUGGACACAAACUUCCGGAAAAUGUGGUCGCCGUACCUGACGUCGUGGAAGCCGCAAAAGACGCUGACAUCCUUAUUUUUGUUUUACCUCACCAGUUUAUUCGUACAUUAUGCUCGACGCUGUUGGACAACAUAAAACCGACCGCAGUAGGACUUUCUCUCAUCAAAGGUUUCGGCCGAGGCGAAGGAAACAAUAUCGAGUUGAUCUCCAAAAUUAUCGAAAAGAAUCUUAGAAUACAGUGUAAUGUUCUAAUGGGUGCCAAUCUCGCGAACGAGGUCGCCGAAGAAAAAUUUUGCGAAACAACGAUUGGAUGUAAAGACAAACGACUAGCGUCGGUGCUGAGGGAUCUCAUCCAAACUUCUAAUUUCCGAGUAGUCGUUGUGGAGGACUGCGAGCCUGUGGAAGUUUGUGGAGCUUUAAAGAACAUCGUGGCGUGCGCAGCCGGUUUCGUGGAUGGUCUUGGAUUAGGCGACAACACGAAAGCCGCGGUGAUCCGACUAGGGCUGAUGGAGAUGGUAAAGUUCGUAGAUACGUUUUACAGUGGCUCCAAGCUGUCCACGUUUUUUGAAAGCUGCGGCGUGGCGGAUCUCAUCACCACUUGCUAUGGUGGGAGGAAUCGCAGAGUCUGCGAACAGUUUGUGAAGACUGGAAAAACCAUCAGAGAACUGGAAGACGAGCUGUUAUCCGGACAAAAGCUUCAGGGGCCAGCAACUGCGGACGAGGUCCACGAUAUGUUGAAGUCGCGCAAUCUGAUGGACAAGUUCCCUCUGUUUACCGCAGUGCAUCGCAUCUGCACAGACCAACUGCGACCGGCAGAUCUUAUCGAUCAAAUUCGCAGUCAUCCGGAGCACGUGAUGAAACUAGCGGAAGAAAACGCAUAGUUACUAAAGAUAAACAAAACAUGAAUUGGCCUAGUAUAGGUGCAGUCUGAGACAGU